AUGUUAUCCAAACCCAUUCCCUUUAUCGGGGCAACAGCCUUGUCGCUUUUGAUCUCAUUCACUACAGCAAUUCCGCAACUAGCAUUGGAUGUUGACUUUGCCGAUCCUUGUUUGGUCCAAUUGUCAAACGGCACAUGGUAUGCCUUUGCGACAACGAACAAUGUUCUCAACAUCCAAAUGGCCUAUUCUGAAGAUUUUGUGAAUUGGUCACUAGCUUCCAAUUAUGAUGCCUUACCUGGACCAUUUCCGUCCUGGGUAUACAAGAGCCCUCAGGCCUGGGCCCCUGACGUGAUCCAGAGGAAGGACGGAAACUUUCUGAUGUACUUUUCGGCCGCCUCCAAUGAAAGUGCUGCUAGCGGAGAUGUUAAGCAUUGCGUUGGUGCCGCAAUCUCGCCGAACGUGACGGGACCAUACACCCCGACAGACUCUACGGUUGCAUGCGACUUGGACGGCGGUGGUUCCAUUGACGCAGCCGGGUUCAUUGACGAUGAUGAAGACAAGACGAUGUACGUAGUUUACAAAGUGGACGGCAGCAACCUGGACUCUGGCGAUAAUGUUUAUCCCACCCCUAUCAUGCUACAACAGGUUGAGAACGAUGGCAUUACACCCAUAGGCUCAGCAGUUCAACUACUUGACCGCGAUCCAAAUGGCGGAGAUGGGCCUUUGAUUGAGGCACCCAGUCUAUAUAAGUCUGAUGGUAUCUACUACCUGACCUUCUCGUCUGCCAUGUUCAAUACGCCUCAAUAUGACAGCAGCUAUGCUUAUGCUACUAGCAUUACUGGACCGUGGACUAAGCAACAUUCGCCCUAUGCGCCGCUCCUACAAACGGGCAAGGAGAGUUCGGUUGGUGUAUUGACAGGCCCGGGUGGAACCAGCUUCUCCAAAGACGGGUCGAAGAUUGCUUUCCAUGCCUCUCGAAAUGGUAACAAUGCCGAUGAUGGUCGCGCUUUUUAUGUAGCUAAUAUCACGUUGGGAAAUGAUAUUAUCACAAUUUUGUGA